GGUGUUUCAGUCCUGGGAUUACUAUGCUGGACAUAGCGAAAAAAGGUGUUGGGUCUAUUAUUUUAACAUCGGGGACCUUGUCUCCCAUGGAUUCAUUGGCUCAAGAACUAAAACUAGACUUUCCUGUUCGGUUGGAGAAUCCCCACGUUAUAUCCUCAAAUCAGCUAUGGGCUGGAGUUGUAAGUACUGGUCCAUCAGGGUACGUUCUUAAUUCUAGCUACCACAAUCGUGAUGUACCAGAGUACAAACAAGAACUUGGGAAUGCCAUUGUUAACUUUUCCCGAGUCGUGCCUGAAGCACUGCUGAUAUUUUUCCCUUCCUAUUACCUUAUGGACUCUUGCAUUUCAUUUUGGAAAAAUGGGUGUCAAAGAAACUCAAUGACAAUAUGGGAAAGAAUCUGCAAACUCAAGAAACCUGUCAUUGAGCCUAAGGAUUCAUCUCUCUUUCCUGCAGCAAUGCAGGUCAGCAACAGAGGCCUCUGAUCUAUGUUCUUUUGC